AUGGUGGGUUUGUUAAUUGAUGUUUCUCUCGCCAACCCACUUCGAGGGUUUGAGUUGCUCAACCAGAACAUCGACUGCAAACGGAUUAAGAACGCUGUAUUGAUUAUCAACAAGGUGGAUAUAAUCAAGGACAAGCGGGAGUAUCUGCUGCCCAUGGUGAAACGGGCCAUGAUGGUCAGCAAGAUUAACUUCGACAAGGUCUUCUACAUCUCAGCACUCAACCGAGACGGUGUGGAUACGCUCAAGAACUAUCUAUUAGCCGAGGCCAAACCAGGAGACUGGGAGUACGAUCCGUCUGAG